UUUUAUUACUCAAAUUUCUAAUUACCUGAAUUACCCUACCCGGAAAUAUCAGCUAACCCCAGACCGCCCAACACCAGCUCCACCCUCGCCACCAACCGCCCCCGCACCACGGCCAGAACCCUAGUCACUUCCCCGCCGCCCACUCCAUGGAGGACGACGCCAUCUCGACGCUCAUGGACAUCGACGACUCGCCGCUCAGCGCUGCGGGGGCCGGGUUCCUCGACGAGGAGGACGGGGAAGGCGAGAUGUUCUUCGCCCCGCACCGCGCGGCCCGCGGCGGCGCUGGCGAUGCCCGCGGGCCCCUCCCCUUUUCCGGGUUCUUCAACAGCUUCGACGGCGCCGAUUUCGACGACGACGACCUCGCCUGAGGGAACUGCCGCCCGGUUCGGUAACGGAUGUUGUUCGUGGAUCGCGAAUCGUGUUAUGUCGAUACCGUGAUGGGGUCUCUUAAUUAGCGCAUCGAUUCAGACUCGUUUGGGCAAUCUGAAGAUGUUUAGGGAUCAACAUUACCUUUGUGGCCUAUGGUUCGUGGAUGCACAUGCACAGGGAUCAAUAUAAGUACCUUUGUGCCCCAUGGUUCGUGGAUCACUGUGCAUGUGUUCUUCCGCGUCUUUGUUGUUAUUUUGGCUCCAUCUGUAUGAUCUAAUGAACCUUCCUUUGUUA